GCUAGAUUUUUCUAAAGCAAAAGCAAACGUCAUUCCAGAAAAACGUGGUGCGCGUAUUUUAUUAAUGUACAGCGUAAAAUUGAUUCUAUAAUACAAAGAACGUAACAAAAAUAGCAAAUUCACGAUGUCCUCUCAAGACGAAGAGAGAAUGGAAGUAGCCGAGGAUCAGAACAUCGAGGAUGCUAUUCUUGCCGGCGAAAGCGAUGGUGACAACGACGACCAAUCCGGCGAUGAAGGCAUGGGCACUGAUGAGAACGGUCAAGUUUACUUACCUGGUCGCAAGUUAAAUAAUGACGAAGAACUUGUAUGUGACGAAUCUGCAUACGUGAUGCUGCAUCAAGCUCAUACAGGAGCACCAUGUUUAAGCUUCGAUAUCAUCGCGGAUCCAUUGGGUGAUGAUAGAGAAUCCUUUCCUCUGUCGGCAUUUAUUGUUGCGGGUACACAGGCUGCCAGAACGCACAUCAACAGCGUAAUUGUCAUGAAGAUGUCCAACUUGCACAGGACCUCGAAAGAACGUGACGAAGAUGAAGAGUCAGAUUCAGAUGAGGAAAGUGAUGAAGAGGACGAUAAACGGCCACAUAUGAGCUGUGCCCUCAUUAAGCACGCCGGUUGUGUCAAUCGGAUUCGUUCGACAACGUUUAAUAGUUCGCACUAUGUGGCCACCUGGAGCGAAAUGGGUCGGGUUAAUAUUUACAAUGUAAACGAGCAGUUAAAAGUCGUUGACGAUGAACAUGAGUGUAAAAACUACGAAACCAACAAAGUAGGUGAUGGAGUAAAGCCGGAAUUUACUUUCUCUGGCCAUCAGAAGGAAGGUUUUGCCAUAGAUUGGUGUACCACAACGCGUGGUAUGUUGGCCACAGGAGAUUGUCGGAGAGACAUUCACAUUUGGCGCCCGAAUGAUAAGGGGUCGUGGACCGUCGAUCAACGACCUUUGGUAGGACAUACCGAGUCAGUAGAAGAUAUUCAAUGGAGUCCGAAUGAGACUAACGUUUUGGCUACCUGUUCGGUAGAUAAGUCUAUCAGGAUAUGGGAUUGUCGAGCGGCGCCGUCCAAAGCUUGCAUGCUGACGGCUGACAAUGCCCAUGAAAGUGACGUGAAUGUGAUCAGCUGGAAUAAGAACGAACCGCUUCUAGCCAGUGGUGGAGAUGAUGGCUACCUGAAAAUAUGGGAUCUACGGCAUUUCAAAUCUAAAUCCGUCGUGGCUACAUUCAAACAUCACACUGAUCACAUUACCACCGUUGAGUGGCAUCCGAAAGAAUCAACAAUUUUAGCGUCUGGUGGGGAUGACGAUCAAAUUGCUCUGUGGGAUCUGUCGGUUGAGCGGGAUAAUGAAGAGGAACGAAAUGAUCCGAACCUGAAGAAUCUACCGCCUCAACUACUGUUUGUUCAUCAAGGACAAACAGAGAUAAAGGAACUACACUGGCAUCCGCAGCUCAAGGGCGUGUUACUGUCAACGGCUCACAGCGGAUUCAAUAUUUUCCGCACGAUUAGUGUGUGAAGGAGUUUUUUUAAGUUCUAAGCAGAGUAGCGUUGCUUUUCUGGUGUAUAUCUGAGUAUAAUAAAAUAAAGAUAAAAACUUCAU